CAGGUGUUGAAAAUGGAAGAAAUUGAGCACAAGUACGUGAAAUUGAACGGGCUGAAGGUCCACGUGGCGGAAAUCGGAAGCAGGUCAUCGCCGGCGGUGGUGUUCCUGCACGGAUUCCCUGAAAUAUGGUACUCGUGGCGCCACCAGAUGAUCGCCGUCGCCAAGGCUGGGUUCAGAGCUAUAUCGCCCGAUUACAGAGGGUACGGGCUAUCCGACCCGCCUCCGGAACCCGAGAAAGCCAAAUUCUCGGACUUCAUAGCAGAUCUCCUCGCGCUCCUUGAUGCUCUUACUCUAUCCAAGGUCUUUCUAAUCGGUAAGGAUUUCGGAUCUCGUAUAGCUUACUUAUUUACUCUGCUUCAUUCCACGAGAGUAUCUGGAAUCAUAACAUUAGGCGUACCUUUUGCUCCUCCAAGCCGCCACACAGUUCUUAAGAAUCUUCCAGAAGGUUCCUACAUCUCCAGGUGGCAGGUACGUGGCAGAGCCGAAUCUGAUUUCAGCCGUUUCGAUUGUAAGACAGUGUUGCGUAAUAUCUACAUUCUUUUCGCACGAAACGAAGUGCCUACAGCUCAGCAGAAUCAGGAAAUAAUGGAUCUGGUAGAUCCAUCAACUGAUUCUUUACCUCAUUGGUUCACCGAGCAAGAUCUUGCAGAAUAUGCUUCUCUGUACGAGAAAUCCGGAUUUCGAACUGCUUUGCAAGUUCCGUAUAGGUCACUUGAUGAAGAGUUCGACAUAGUGAAUCGGAAAGUUGAAGUUCCUGCGUUGGUUGUCGUGGGUGGAAAGGACUACUCGUUGAAGUUUCCGGGAAUCGAAGAGUACAUAAGAAGUGGGCGGGCGAAGGCGUAUGUACCUAAUUACGAGACAGAGCAUUUGCCUGAAGGUUCACAUUUUAUGCAGGAGCAAUUACCUGACCAAGUAAAUCAGCUCAUACUUGGCUUUCUCAGCAGGCACAGUUGAUAUAUUUUUUUCUUUCUCUUUUUUCAAUCCGAAUUGUUUGAUCCAUUUACUAUUUUAUUUUAUAUAAUACAUAUCCGCACUAGUGGUUGGAACAAGAGAACUUUUUUUACCAAAUAGAAUCACAAUUGUUUCGAUCUGCGGAAAUCACAAUUCAAUU